UGCAACGUGCAGCCGUGCGGCGUGUAGCGCGCAGCCUGCAACGUGUGCAACGUGUGCAACGUGUGCGACGUGCAACGUGGUACGAAAGCAGCAGCGCGUCGAAAUCAGAGCCAACGAAGGGUGGGCGGAGUCGUCGUGGCCGUGGUCGUGGUCAGAGUUGUUGCUACCGCCGCCGUCGUCGUCGUCGUCGUCGUCGUCGUCGUCGUCGUCGUCGUCCAGCUGAAAAUUAGCGAAAGCAAAGACCUAACGAUCGUAGGCAGUUUCGUCGGCUCGAGCUGCGAGCUGCGAGCCGCGUGCAACGGAAAGUGCCGAGGAGUCGAGGAGACUGAAGAAAAUACUGCGGGCGGCGGUAGCAAUGACGCGUCACUCCUCCUGCCCCACGUUCCUCGCGGCCCAACUCGACGCUGUCGCCGAUACGUGAUCAGUCGAGUCCAAAGACGUUUCGCGACCGCGGAUUCGCCAAUUGCAUCGGAACGUCCUGAUGGUGAGCCCGCACUCCGCGAAAAUGAAAAGCCGUUCGCCGCCGCCACUUUUCACCGAAUCAAGAUAAAGAGCGGGGCUCGCCUUGAACCGCGGAUACCACGCGACAACACGAGCGACCAAGGAUGGGCGCCGAGAAGAUUUGCGGCCAACAAAUUCUCCGGCUACGAAACAGCGUGAACGACAGCUUCGCGGCGAGCAAAUUUCUGGAAAAAGUCGAGCAACGGCUCAGCGUAACGUCAUACUUGUUUCGGAACGAUCGCUCAGGAAUGUCAGGAUGAGAGGAGGGACGCUGCUGGGAGGAGGAAUAAGAUCAAUCCGUGGAACUUUUCUAAGAACGUUGAUAGUCAUUUUCCUUGUCACGUUUCUUUGGCUUCAAAUUCACGUGAUCAGCCUAACCGGUCGGGACUCUACCGGCCAUGCCUCCCCGAACGAAACGCUGUUCGCUCUUGUACCGCAAGAGUUGCACAGGUUUCUGAAGGAUCGUCGAAACGGUUCGUCCUCCGCUCCGAACGGUAGCUCGGAGGGUCUUACAGAGUUCGAGAUAGCGGAGAUUCGACGGAACAUAGAGAGAGCGAAUGCCGAGCAGAAAGUGUACAACGAGGAGGCGUUCGGCCCGCUGGCCACCGACGCGCCCGUGAUAGUGGUCCAGGUGCACACGCGUCUCACCUACCUGAGACACCUGAUAGUAUCGUUGGCGCAGGCCAGAGGCAUCGAGCAAACCCUACUCGUCUUCAGUCACGAUGUCUGGCACCCGGACAUCAAUUAUCUAGUGCAGAGCGUCGACUUUUGUCGCGUGAUGCAAAUCUUUUAUCCCCACAGCAUACAGACGCAUCCGCACUCGUUUCCCGGCGAGGAUCCCAACGAUUGUCCGCGAAACAUUCGCAAGGAACAGGCCUUGGAACUCGGCUGCAUCAACGCGAAACAUCCGGACCUCUAUGGCCACUACAGGGAGUCGAAGUUCACGCAGACCAAGCAUCACUGGUGGUGGAAGGCGAACCGCGUGUUCGAUCAGCUGUCGAUUACGAGAAAUCACACGGGCAUGGUUCUCUUCCUCGAGGAGGACCAUUACGUCGCCGAGGACUUUUUGCACGUUCUCAGGCUGAUGGAACGCACCUGCAAGCACAGCUGCGAGAAGUGCAACGUUCUGUCAUUGGGAACCUAUCUCAAGACGUAUAAUUAUUUCGCCGAUUUCAGCCGGAAGUUCGUUGGCGUCAACAGCGCCCUGCAAAAGGAGCUCCUACGCGGACUAAAGAGAUGGGACACUUCGACGGGACAGCAACAGCCGGCGAAACCGGAGGGCAGCGGCAUCGUUACCGGAUCCGGGACCGGGACCGGGACCGGUACCGGCACAGGGACCGGAAGCGGCACCGGAACCGGCACCAGCACCGCCGGAUACUCCAGCUCGAGCGGGAACGGCAGCGGGGCCGCAAGGACCGUGUUAUCCGCCGGUCGGAACAACGCGCUCACGGCGCAACCUGUUCCCGCAUGGGCUUUUCAGCUCCUACCCGGUCUCUACAAUCAUUAUCAAAAGGCCGAGGUGAUCUCUUGGAUAUCGAGCAAGCAUAACAUGGGCAUGGCGUUCAAUCGCGUCACUUGGAACAAGCUGAGAAAGUGCGCCGCGCAAUUCUGCGCGUACGACGACUACAACUGGGACUGGAGUCUGCAGCACAUAGCGCAGUCCUGCAUGCCGCCGAGCAAGGGAGCCGGGGUCUCGCCGCGAACCGAGUCCGGCUUGGUCACGAUGAUGAUGAGGGCGCCCAGGGUCUUUCACAUCGGAGAAUGCGGAGUUCACCACAAGAAGACGAACUGCGAAUCGACCGCCGCGAUCGCAAAGGUUCAAAACGUGUUAAAGACCGCUCAGCAUCAUCUUUUUCCCAAUCAACUGACGCUGACCGUGGCUGGCACUGCGAAAAAGACGAAACUCAGAAAGGGCAACGGCGGAUGGGGGGACAUUCGAGAUCACCGACUGUGCUGGAACAUCACCGUUUACCCGGAUCUCGCUCUGCCGUGAAAUCGAAACGCGACCGAGUCGCUGCGCCGUCUCUCGACGGUUCGUCUCAACGGUUCGCCCCGACGUUUCUGCCACGGCACCACGGCUCCUCCGUACCUCGGAUUCCCGUGGAACGCGAAAGCUAAUCGCGCGCUGCCUCCGCGUAUCCUUUGAUUUCCAACGAAAGACUCUCCUUGUACAAGUUCCUCCGGCGAAACUAGACUCGCUUUCACGCGAUUCCUGGGUCGAGCCUCUUCCGUAUCGUCGCAAGAUUACUCGGACUUGCACGCCUAGCGACUCGAUUACUAAAUUACGAUUACGCGAACGCCGUGCCGGCGUCCGCCGUUUUUGUCACGAACAUCCGCAACGAAUCGACGUGACCCAGCGUAUAACUAGUUAUCAUCGCGACUCGAGCCUAUGCAAGUAGCUGUACAUUUACUUUCCCCGCCGUUUUUUCUCCCUUUUAAACACACGUACACACGAUACAUUCACACGCACGCACGCACACGCACACGUACACGUAUACACGCGCGAUCACGCACACACGAGACCUCUCUUUAUCCCUUUUGUCUCUGUUUCUAUUCAUCGAAGAACCCUAACGCGCGAACGAACGAGCCACAAGAGAACGUUCGCGACAAGUCGAAUCGCGAAGCGACCUCGCGAGAACCUUUGCCAUUCACGAACCGAGUCGAAGUUAUGUCGAGUCGAGUCGCGACAUAUACAUAGGGUACAUUUUAUAUUUAUAACGACGUCAACGAAAAUAAACGAAUCGACCGAUUUUCUCGUACAUGUUUU